AAAGAAAGAAGAAGAAGGAGCAGAUAACCUACAAUUAGCUAAGGAUAUUUAUCCAAAUUUUAUUAACAGUAUUUAAAAAGAUACAAUGCCCAGAUCUAAAUCUCGACACAGAGACAAGUCGGAAGCAAAAUUACACCGCAGAAGUAAGCACAGGGUAGUGAGCAGUUCGCCUGAAGAAUCGCGAUCUUCCAAACGUUCAGAAAAAUCAAGCAGAACGCGCUCAGAUUUAACUAAGCAAUCUAGAACGCACUCGAACGAAAGGUACAGCAGACGUAGCAAUCGCUCGAAACAAAGUAAGCGCAAGUAUGAUUCCGAUAGCGACAGUGAAUCAUCGACAAGUAGUUCUAGUAGUUCGUCCUCAGAUGAUUCAGUUAAGCUGCUAGAAAAGCUGAAGGAGGAGCGUAUUAAAACAGUAGAAGCUAAACGAAAACAGAAAGAACUUCUAAAAGCGACUGAAACACCCGAAGAAAAGCGUCUGAGGCGUCUGAAGAAAAAAGAGGAGAAAGAAAGGAAGCGGAAGGAAAGAAUGGGGUGGGAUAACGAGUAUCUUCAUUACACAAAUAGCGAUAAUCCGUUUGGUGACGGCAACUUGCUCUCUUCCUUCGUUUGGAAUAAAAAAUUGCAAAAGGAAGGAUUAACGCAUGCCACUCAUGAGGAGUUGGAAGCACGAAAUCGGUUUAAACAAGAAGAGAACAAACGCGAGCUGGAAAAAGUGAAAAAAAGACGACUGGAACGUGAAUUAGAACGCCAGAAAAGGGACGAAGAGAACCAAUUGCUGCAGAGAAGUAAAGAAGCGGCCCAGUUUGAAGAAUGGGAACGUCAAGAGGACCAGUUUCAUUUAGAACAAGCCCGGCUACGAUCUCAUAUCAGAAUACAAGAUGGAAGGGCAAAGCCUAUAGAUCUUCUAGCAAAGUAUAUAAGCGCAGAAGAGGAAGUAGAUGCUGUGGAAAUGCAUGAACCAUACACAUAUCUCAAUGGACUGCAGAUAAAUGAUUUGGAAGAUCUUCUCGAGGACAUUAAGGUAUACAAGGAACUAGAACGGGGCAGGAAUUUGGAUUACUGGAAUGAUAUAACUGUAAUUGUUGAAGAUGAGCUUCAAAAAUUGAGAAAGCUUCAGAAACAAAAUGAAUUUGAUAUGGGCGCUAAUCGUCGAGAGGGGAUCAACCAAGCUGUAGCUCAGGAUGUUACCGCUGUGUUUAAAGGUAAAACGGCGGCUCAGCUAGCAUCCUUACAAAAGCAGAUUGAAAGCAAAAUUAACGGCAAAGCUGAUGGUAUCGAUAUAGGUUAUUGGGAGUCAUUGCUAUCGCAGCUCAAAGCCCACAUGGCCAGAGCUCGAUUGCGCGACAGACAUCAGGAGAGUUUGAAAAGAAAAUUGGAGGUUUUAAAAGCCGAACAGGCAGUGAGUCUUCCUACGCAAGAAACAGAAGAGAAAGCUGGCAUUUCCCAGGAUUCCAGUGAUGAAAAAGAUAGUGAAGCUGAUGUUCAGGAAGAAGAAGUUGCUAAUGAUAUAUUAAAUGAGUGUUUCAAUGCAUAUCAAGGUGGCGGCUAUAGUCCUAAAUUGCUUACUCCUGAGCAAAUUGAGCCCGGAACCAUUGUUGUCAGUGAAGAAGAUGAUUUAAAGAGGUUAGAAUUUGCCAGACUGCAAGUUACAGAUAAAGGCAAGAAAGUGGAAAAUGUUAUAACCAAGGAAGAGUUGUUGUUGCAAAAAGAAGCCAGGAAAGGUAUGGGGGAGGACGAAGCGCAGUUCUCUGUUGAACAGGCUUUGGACAGCCAGGUUUAUCUGUGGUCCGAUAAGUACCGACCCAGAAAACCCAGAUACUUCAACAGAGUGCAUACAGGAUUCGAGUGGAACAAAUAUAAUCAGACUCAUUACGAUAUGGAUAACCCUCCCCCAAAAAUAGUGCAAGGUUACAAGUUUAAUAUAUUUUAUCCAGAUUUGAUAGAUAAGAACUGCACACCAGAGUAUUUUUUGACUCCAUGCCCGGAUAACAGAGAAUUUUCAAUAUUAAAAUUCCACGCCGGACCGCCGUACGAGGAUAUAGCUUUUAAGAUCGUGAAUCGGGAGUGGGAGUAUUCCUAUAAACGUGGAUUCAGAUGUCAGUUUCACAAUAAUAUUUUCCAGUUGUGGUUUCAUUUUAAGAGAUACAGAUAUAGGAGAUAGUUUUGUAUGUUUACAGUAUA